AAAUUCGUCCAAUUCAAAACAAAAAAGAAAAAAAAGGAAAGUCGCCUUGUGAGAAACUAUAUUCUUCUCGAGUGAGGUAGAGAGUUUUCUUGCACCUCUCAAAUCAAGACAGCGAAAUUCCGCCAUUGGUGACAAACUUUUGCUCAACAUUAUAACUGGAAAAUUUGUGUGGGACUUCUUUGUGAGUGGGUGUUGUUUGGGGAAACUAAGAAGCUUUGAGUUUGGACUUAUUCAUCAAGUAUACAUUGAAUUUGGAGAUUACUUAUUCUAUCGAACUGAAUUGUGAGAAUUGACAAUGAGAAGUAAGAGAGAGAGAGAGGAGCUAACUGAUGGAGAGGUAAAGAGGCAGAGGGUGGAAAAAGAUGAAGAAGAAGAGGUAAGUUCGCCCAAGACGCAUGCUUUUGAGAAUCCACUGCUUCCGCUUGCUUCAUACAAUGAUGACGACGAAGAAGAAGAGGAGGGAAAUGUAAAGAAAGCAGAAGUUAAUGGCCGUAAAAAUGAGAUAGUUGAUGAUGAUGAGGAUGAUGACGAUGAGGAAGAUUUCAAGUUUGGUCAAGGGAAGCACAAUCGAUUGGUGGUUGUCAGGAGGGAUUGCCCGUAUCUUGAUACUGUUAACAGACAGGCUUUAGAUUUUGAUUUCGAAAAGUUCUGUUCAAUCUCCUUAACAAAUUUGAAUGUAUAUGCAUGUCUAGUGUGUGGUAAGUAUUACCAAGGAAGGGGUUCCAAGUCUCAUGCAUAUACUCAUAGCCUGGAAGCGGGACAUCAUGUCUACAUCAAUUUAAAGACUGAGAAGGUUUAUUGCCUUCCGGAUGGAUAUGAGAUCAAUGACCCAUCUUUAGAUGACAUUCGUCAUGUUCUAAAUCCGAGGUUUUCCAAGGAACAAGUUGAACAGCUAGAUAAAAGCAAGCUGUGGUCAAGGGCUCUUGAUGGCUCUGAUUACCUCCCUGGAUUGGUAGGACUCAAUAACAUUAAGGAGACUGAUUUUGUGAAUGUUACAAUUCAAUCACUUAUGCGUGUUACACCCUUAAGGAAUUUCUUCCUGAUCCCAGAGAACUACCAACAUUGUAAAUCUCCCCUGGUUCAUCGUUUUGGUGAGCUCACUCGUAAAAUCUGGCAUACAAGAAAUUUUAAGGGACAGGUGAGCCCCCACGAAUUUUUGCAGGCUGUUAUGAAAGCCAGUAAAAAACGGUUUCGAAUAGGUAGUCAAUCCGACCCAGUUGAGUUUGUGUCUUGGCUGCUAAAUACUCUUCAUGCAGAUCUCAGAAGUUCUAAGAAAAAUACAAGUAUCAUUUAUCAGUGCUUCCAGGGAGAACUGGAGGUUAAGAAAGAGAUCCAGAGUAAAGGUACUGUGGAGAGAAGACUGAAGGGUAAUGAUCAGAAUGGUGGCUCUGAAAACCCUAAUGUUAUCACAGAAACUUCGAAAAUGCCUUUUCUAAUGCUUGGCCUUGAUUUGCCACCUCCACCACUUUUCCAAGAUGUGAUGGAGAAAAAUAUUAUCCCUCAGGUUCCACUUUUCAACAUAUUGAAGAAGUUUGAUGGGGAGACCAUAACAGAAGUUGUGCGUCCACAAAUAGCUAGGAUGAAAUAUCGUGUUACUAAACUGCCACCUUACAUUAUUCUGCACAUGCGGCGAUUUACGAAAAACAACUUCUUUGUUGAAAAGAAUCCCACCCUUGUUAAUUUUCCCGUGAAAAACCUUGAGUUGAAGGAUUAUAUUCCUCUGCCUACACCAAAUGACAAGGAGAAAUCAGAGUCAAAAGGCAACAAGAAAAUGCAGUCAAAGGACCAUGAAAAAUUGCGGUCGAAAUAUGAUCUAAUUGCUAAUAUUGUCCACGAUGGCAAGCCCAGUGAAGGGUCGUACAGAGUCUUCGUUCAAAGGAAGUCUGAGGAACAAUGGUAUGAAGUACAGGAUUUGCAUGUUUCAGAAACACUUCCACAAAUGGUUGCACUUUCGGAGGCAUACAUGCAGGUUUAUGAGCUGCAGCAGCCACAUUGAAAGCCACCCAGAAUGUAUUUGUUACUUAUUAAUGUUGUAAGGGUAGCGUAUACAUUUUAGCCUAUGCAUCUCAAGUUUCAGAUAUUAUGAAGUGGUUUCAGGUCCGGGGUGGAAGCUAACCAAGAAUUGAUGUUUGGUGGGCAACUUUUUUGGCUUUAAUGGAAACGAACCUCUUCUUCCUUUCGUCUUAUGUAUAAUAGUACUUCUUUUGUUUUCUUAAUGGCAAGGACCUUGUGUAAAUCUUUACUCUAUCCUGAUGAGCCGAAACUCAAGCUCUUAUUUUCUAUUGAGCAAUAAUAGUUCGAGAAUGUAAGUCUUGAA